AAAUGGAAGAUAGUGGGAGAUCUUUCUCAUCUUGUAUGAGUCCUGUUUGGAUAUCCCAGCUGUUUUAAAGCAAACGGUGUUGGUGUCGCUUGUGCUCCGUGGCAUCCUCUCUUGUUCUCCGGAGCCUGACAGGCCUAUCUGCUGCCACAAUGAACAUCCGGCGUGCUCGGCCCGAGGACCUGAUGAACAUGCAGCACUGCAACCUGCUGUGCCUGCCCGAGAACUACCAGAUGAAGUACUACUUCUACCACGGCCUCUCCUGGCCCCAGCUCUCCUACAUCGCCGAGGACGAGGACGGCAAGAUCGUAGGCUAUGUCCUGGCCAAAAUGGAAGAGGAUCCUGAUGAUGUCCCUCAUGGACACAUCACCUCACUGGCCGUGAAACGCUCCCACCGGCGUCUCGGCCUGGCCCAGAAGCUGAUGGACCAGGCCUCCCGGGCCAUGAUCGAGAAUUUCAGCGCUAAAUACGUAUCCCUGCAUGUCAGGAAGAGCAACCGAGCAGCCCUGCAUCUCUAUUCCAACACCCUGAACUUCCAGGUUAGCGAGGUGGAGCCCAAGUACUAUGCGGAUGGAGAAGAUGCGUACGCCAUGAAGAGAGAUCUCUCACAGAUGGCAGAUGAGCUGAGACGGCAGCUGGUGCUGAAGAAAGGCAGAUACGUGGUUCUGGGUUCCAAGGAGAGUCAGGGCAACACACUUGCUGGGUCUGAAGAGGCCUGUCAGCAGGAGAGCCUGGCUGGAGAGGACAGUGGGAGCGACGGCAGAGAAAGCUUGCAGGACGUGGGUCCCGCCUCCUAGAGCCUGCUUGAGAGUGAUAACUUCUGGUAUUUUUAGCCACAUUUUUCUUGGGAACCCUGGCUGUACUCUGCAGUGCCUACUCUGGGGUCAUCUCACAGUGACCCAAAUGGCUUCUCAUUUCUAGCGCUUAGCAGCAACUUUCCACAUGCCUGAUUUGAUCACAGAGGCACUCCUGGACACAGCCUGCUGUGCAGGAACCAAGGAGUCUUGAGGACUGCCAUGGCAGCCCCUGCCUUGGCGUCUUCAUGCUGCUGUUGCAUUGUUUGGGGCUGUCCUGCAUCGAUUGUGUGUACCCUGUAGGGUUUUGUCUAGAAUGCCAAACGGGAAGCAGGAACAACUCAGAACACUGCCCAGCUUUUCGCCUUCGCCAUUUAUCUGAGUUUUCAUUCUUGAGUAGGCAGGACCAUCAAGUUAGCCCUUAUGCCCUCUGCCUCUGUCUGGUGGAAGUUAACUACUCUUCCUUUCUCUGGAAACUGCCCUGCCCUCUCUCCCUCUUUCUGAAGAAGUGUGUUCCCUUUCCCAGUGGGAGAAGGUGAUUUGGACUUCUAUACCUGAGUGUUUGUAGAUCUUAAGGGAGGGACAAGCAGAAAUGAAAUUGUAAUCUCUAAUCUGAAGAAAUAAAGUAUUAAAAAGGAAUACA